AUGAUUGGUGAAAACAAUCCAGGUACUGGAAGUAGGUGGAGUCUAACUGUAGCAGUUUAGUGAUCUAAUUUCCUCCGCUUGGCUACGAAAGAUACCAGUUACAACUUGACCAAGAAUAUCAAAGUAUUUCUCAAACUCCAGAGCCCUACGUCCAAAUGAAGGAUCGAAAUGCGGCGAUCUUGGAACCAGCAGAAGCCCCCGAAAAAGAACCAUUAUAUCCGCUGGCCCACCCCGAAACACCAGUAGACAAAUCAUCGAAGUUGAUUUCCGAGUGUAGCGCAACAGGAGCGACCACAAAAAAGAAAGGUUUCGGUGUGGCAAGAGCGGUACCCGAAUUAUCACAAGCCUUCUCGGCAAUCACAUCAGGCAAGUAA